AUGACAUCCAAUAGCGCAACUGGUGGUGCAGUAGGAUCAUAUAUCGAUCGCUAUAGACAUUUCCUGUCUUUGACGGACCCAAGGACCAUGGCACCAGGGACAUUCUUUGGCAUGACCCUUACUGAGGCUCGUAGCAUAGUAGAUGGUAAAUCGAGUGUGAUUACAGCUAAGGAUAGAGUUAUAGCUAAGAGGAUAGUACAGGCAUCAGUCCAUCCUGACACUGGUGAGACUAUUCUAUUACCUCUGCGUAUGGCUGGUUUCGUAUCUUUCGGAUCAAUACCUGUGAUAGGGAUGCUAACACUAGCUGGGUUCCGUAAUAACCCCACAUUGGGUACUGCGGUAUGGCAGUUCAUCAACCAAAGUCAUAAUGCCUUAUUCAACUAUGCUAACCGUAAUGCUAGUGCAGAGGUCAGCUGUAAAGACCCUAACGUAAUGAAGGAGGCCCAGCGACGGUCAUAA